AGUCGCGGGAGAGAGCGUGCUCUAUGGCUGUGGUCGUGAGUCCAUAAACAAAACUCAAAAUACACUUUUGCAGGAGUACUUUUUCUUUUGGAAAAUGUGAAUGUUGCAUUUAACGUGAACGAACAAGUGUUAGUUUAUUUGGAUAUACGCUAAUUUUAACAGAUGUUUGUGCAGUUGUUUACGGUUGAUGAUACUUUUGUAAGUUAGUUACAGUAUUAACAACUGUAUCGAUGACGAACUUUUGAUCACAUCACGACGGAAUGGAGGAAGAUAUUCACCCUAACGACGACCAAGAGGCAUUGAGGAGAAGACUGGAGCUACUGAAGCAGGAGUAUGAGAGGACAGCAGUGAGAUUACAGAGAGCAGAACGCCGGGAUGCUAUUCGCAGGCAGAGCAACGUCUCUCACGAGAUCAAUGAAACAUCAGCGUGUUUUACAUCUUCCCAUUUGGCAGCUUCUGAACUUUCUGACAACCAAAAGACUCAGCACUUACAAACCGCCCUCCAGUUUCAACUUGCUGAGAUUGCUCUUGCUCCUCAUUUGUCAUCUCCUGCAUGCAUGCGAAGCCCCGCCCACCGUCUGCGUUCUAAGCGCAGCCGGCUGCGCCUGCAGAACAAAGAGCGAGAGUCGGAUACUGACAACAGCCAAGAGAAAGAAAGUCUCAAACAAGGAAUUAAUGGAAGCGCCGAAGAAAAGAGUGAAAUGAGAAAAGAAAGAAAUAUGGGAAUAUUGCCAGCCAAGGUGGAGAAAAACCAGGACAACGAUACAAUUGCUGAAGAACCACAGGAGCUAAAGGUUGUGAACUGUGAAAACAAGCCACUGGUUUUAGGUAAAAAGAAACAUUUACCCUUUCAGAGUCAGAUUAAUAUAUGCCAGGAACGUCUGCCUCCUUUAAGUCAUUCGGUAGAGAUGUUACAGUCAAAAACAGCUGCAUCUAAGGACUUCUCACAAACGUCUUCUUCUCUCCCGUCAUGUGAGUCAGUCCAUAAUUUAACAGUUAAAUCAGAAGCGAACCUUGCAGAAAUAAAUGCAUAUAAAGGGAAUAAUGACAGCACAGAUAAUAAAAACUCUUUAAUUAUGUCUGGAGCUCUGGACUCUUGUACGCUGGUUGAAGGCUUACCAUUUCCCGUGGAGUAUUAUAUCCGAACAACACGUCGUAUGGCUGCAUCUCACAGUCCUGUCAACCUAGAGGCUGUUAUUCACAGCCAGCUCACUCGGGGGCGGGGAAGACGCAGGCUCGGCCAAUCACAAGCGCGUGGUAGAGGUCACACGACCUCAGAACUUUCAGAAUCGGUAUGCAGGUCCAAUGACCAGGCCGGACGUAGAGGAAAUGGUCAGAGGAGGAGGAGAGGGCGCCGUAGAGCAACUACAGUUAGGACCAAAGAUGCUCAAGAUUGUAUAAUGUCAAAUCCUGUAAGUGAUUCGCAAGCAUCUAUAGAACCCCUUACAAUAUCCACACCUCAGACUGAAUCUUCCUGUCAAUCAGAAAUGGAGGGAAGGCCACAAACGGAGUGUGAGCCAAUCCCGUCGUCCGGGUCUGCUAUUAAUUUGACGCCCAGUAAAGAACGAGUUACCCAAGAUUUUAAGCACCUACCAGAUUCUCAGCUUUACUUCGAGUCCAAACUCCUCCCGGAUUCUAACUUUUAUCCUAUUUUCAGAAGGGGACAUGGGCAAACUGGAAAUCACUUAUCUUCGUCCCAGACAAGUAUAAGUAAAAAUGAUCAAUCACCUCUUUUGCCAUCAUUAGCUUCACUUAUUCAAGCUCUUCAAGACCAAGACACGAAAAAUGACGUCCAGGAUUUCCACCUACCAGAUGAGGAUUUUGGCCAGCUGAAGUUGGAGAGACUGCAGUUGUCCACGUCACUUGUGGAACCUUACGUCCAGCGUAUAUACAACACACGCCGGAGCAACAGGUGCCAGACAAUGAGAGGAAAAAAGAGUAACUGUGAUGUUCUCUGCGGAGAACAUUUUGCUACAGAAGUCCCAACUACCUCUGCCCUCGAAGACAGUUUGCCUCUUUGUCAGUCAGACCCCAUUGACCAAUCACAGACUGAGAAACAAAACACUAACCAAUCAGACAAGCACCCUGUAAACAAACCAAGCGUCAUUUCCUACGAUCUGACAGAAAGUGUAAAGGAACAAACUCUGACAAUAGCCAAAACAGAUAAGACUGAACAGAAAGCAGUUAUUUUAACAGAGAAACACACUGCCAGCAUCGAUCAAAUGCAAACAGAGACGGAAACCAAAAAUGUUAAUAUGCUUGACAUAAACUCUCAGGAUGAAUCACAUAUGCGAACAGAUACCCUCUCGGAAAACCACUCUUUGUGCCCAGCUUUACUAGAUCUGAGUCCAUCAUUGACCUCACACACUCAGAGGGGUCAAGACCCUCCCCUACCAACUUUAGGAAUGACUCCAUAUUUUGUAAGCCCAGGUUCACCCACAGAGCCUCAAACACAUCUCCUUUCUCCUGCUAAUUGCUUUAGGUCUCCCUCUUCAAAGAUAACUACAGGUUCUGUGUCUCCAGAUUCGAUCUUAUCUAAACAAUUUGGGAAUGUCAAGGCAGAUACCUUUAAGAAAAGUUUAGGUUCAACCGAAGUAGAAGAUACUGGGGAAAAGAAUCCAACUAAUGCCAGUCAAGAAAUUAUGAUGGAAACUCAAACUGAUGCAGAACCAACGCAAAACAACACUGUAACGGGACAUGAGAACUUUAUCACACCAGAAACCGAAUUGCAAGUUUUAUGCAUUUCGGAAAAUGAAGAAAAACAUGAAUGCAGUUUUGAUACAGAUUGUAAACAUAAAAUAAAUUGCACUCCUGAAAUUGAAGCUCAACUUAACCCUGAUAUCCAGAACAAUCUUGAAACUAAAGGUGAAACCUAUGAGCUUAGGGCUGAAUCCCAACGUUAUAUGGAUAUGAAUCGGUCUCGGUGUGGAGAUGAAUCUGGUUGUGCCGGUCAAACUUCCAAUGAGGCCUCCACCAAUCAGAAAACUGAAGAAAAGACAGUUUGCAUCACUAAUGUGGAUGAAGCAAUGGAAAACGGCACUGAUUUAUCCAAUACUAAAACACUAUUAAAUGAAAAUCCCUUAUCUUCCACAACCUUUCCUGAUGGAGGCCAUUGUUCAUCCAUGCUGCAGGAGAUGCACACUUUUAAGGCCCUGGAUGGUGGAUGUGUGUUGGAUUUGUGUUUGGUGCGAUGGUCGACGGAGGACUGGUGCAUAUGUGUGGCGGGAGAAUGGAGCGUUUGCCUUUGGAAUUACAAGAAGGGAGUUCAACCGUGGGGUCUUUUACACACAUGGACAUUUGCACAGUCUGUCAUGUCCUUGCAAGCGAUUCCUGAUUCUUCAGGUUUGGUUUGUGUGACUCUGGGUCACUUGGAAAUCACAGAAGCAAGACUUCUUGCCUGUCCAAGUAUGGACGGACCGUUCACACAGACUUUAGUAUGCAAAGAUGCUUUACAAGCAGUUGUGGGCGUGUCUGACUGUCGACUUGUGUGUUGCUCCGCCUCUGGAGAUCAGCAGAAAGUCACUGUGAUAACGUUCAAUAAGGAAGGAAGGGUGGUGAGCACUCUUUCCAUGGGCUCAGUAAAGCAGAACAUUCGGACACUGGCAGCCGUAGAAGGGGAGAAAGAUGCUCUGAUUGGUUGGACGGAAUGUAAAACCCUUCUUAUAUGGAAUAUGAAGUCAGGCCAUUUGCUUCAGACUAUUCUCCUGGAAAACACUUUAACAAUGACAAACUGCAUGAAGGGAUAUUCUUACAGAGGAGUGCUUUGUAUAUUACUUCAGAAUACUGGGAAUGUGUGUGAUGAAAGAAGUGAAACAACCCUUUUUGCUGUAAUUGCUACAAAUCCCCUGACUGGCAAACACAUCACAUUGACGUCUUUCAGCAACCCCUCUCAACACAUACAACAGUUGAUAGAUGGUGAUGUCUUGGGCUCUGAGCUUGUUGGUGUUUUCCAGUCUGGUCAUGUUGCUGUUUGGAAUCUCAAAAGCAGGGUGGCUAAAGUUGUUGGUGUGCUAGAUGAGUUGUGUCGACUAGCGCGGUGGGCAGGGCCUGACACACUACUGACUGGGUAUCUGAACGGGGAUGUUAGCGUGUUUCAGUACAAAACUUUGUAAAUAACUUUGUUAUAAUAAGCUACUUGUAUACUAUGUAAAUGUGCAUUAUUAACAAACUUAUAGGGUUCCCAAUUUGACCAAAUGAUUGUCAGUCAUUUGUAUUCUUUGUUAAAUUAUUAAAUGUAAUUGUUCAAUUAUAACAUUGUUAGCCAUUAAACCAUUGGAAAAUGUUAUUUUUGAAACUUUGAUUACAGUAUAUAGUGCAUAACAUUGCAUUUCUUAUACCUAAAUCCCUCACACUCUUUGUUGUUUAAAUUUAAUAUGAUUGUAAGAUGAGACAAUAAA